GAUGAGAAAAAAACUAACAAAAGCAUAGUUCAUAUCUUUUCAGAGGUAUAUUGAAGGACUCAGGUUGUUCAGAAUUUUUUUUUUUUACUACAACAAUACAGUGGUUGCAGUGUGAUAGAAGAAAGGCAGUUAAACUUAUUGUGUUACUUGUGGCAAAGGGCCAAGCAGGAAGUGACAAGUGAUAUGACAGAAUAAAACUGAACUGUAUCUGCUUGCAAGACAAGUUUGACAAAUUUUAUAAAGACUUGAUAAAAGACAAUGUUCUAACUAUUUUAGCAGUAUGUGGUUUAAGCCAUAUAUGGACUGGAAGGAUGACCCAGCAGCGUUUAGGAUUAACCUAUAGACACCAAGAAGCAUAAUAAGGGACUAUAUAUUACAGAAAUGGAAUGAUACUUAAAAUUGUCAGAAGUUCUUUUCCCUGGAUGCUUUGUACAAAUAGAAGAGAGAGGAGCAUCUUGCCACACAAAAGGGUUGCCAAAGUAACACUGAGAAUAAUGUUAUCAGCUUCCUGUGAUGCCAUGGGAAAGAAAGAACCUACGAAAGAUGGCUCUGCCCUCCUAUAUGGUGCAACCACUAACCAGAUUAAAGAAGAAACUGAAUACAUCAAAAAAAUUCGUUGUACGUUAGAGAAGGUUCGGAAUCAGGUAUUUGGUGAUGACACUAAAUCUCAAGUAACAGUCGAUGCCAAAAUAUGCGAACCAGAAACAAAGAACAUCCAGACCUUCAUAAAUCCUUCCACAGAUGUCAUAGGUUGUGAAAAUCAUGAUAACACCAGUCACUGUAAUCACAGUGACACAAAAGAAAUUAAAUCACAGGAUCACCAACUCUUGGAAAUUCACAAAGAAAACCAGGAGCUAAGAAUUAAGAUUGAAGCCAGUCAAGAAGCAGGGGCCUCAAGUAUAAGAGAUGCUGCACGAAAGCUCUAUGAAAAUUACCAUCGACAGGCAGAAGAACUGAAGAAACUCCAUGAGGAAGAAGCAAAUAGAAUGCAGAGCUGUGCUUCUGAGCAAGAACAAAAGUUAAGGGACUCUGUGGAACAUUUUAACCAAGUGGCAGCAAAAGCACAGGAAAAGCAGAACCGAAUUACUGCACUUGAGAAUCUUGUAGAACGAAUGGAAAAGGAAAAGAAUGAAUUGGAAGGAAAAAAGCAAUAUAUUGAAGAAGAGAUAAAGAGAGGUGCAAUAAAUUCACAACCUGUUGAAGAGAAUCUUAAAAGCUCUAAAAUUCUCAAGAUGGAAGUUUCCACACUUCAAGAAAAAAUCCUACAUCUACAGAAUAUGAUCUCAUCGCAACAAAAAAAACUUCGCAAUGCAAUACACCAGAUUCAACAGUUAAAUGAUGAACUUAAACAACAAGAUGACGUCAUAUGGACUUUGACACAAAGAGUAGAAGUAUUAGAAGCCAAGAACAAAGAACUAAAGAAAAAAGUAGAGGACUGGUCAAAUCAACCCAAGAAAAAGUUUUCCAGAGCUGUUGCCACAAUGACUAUAGGUUCCAGCCUCACUGAGUCCAAGACUCCAUAUGCGAUGUUGAUGGAUCGCCAUGAAAAAAAGUCAUAAGAAUUGCCUCUGGAUUUAAGCCGAAAAAGACCAAGAUGUUCACAACUUAAAAGAAUGGCUAUUAAAGAGGCAUUCUACCUGUGGGUUCAAGCACAGGUUAAUGCUACAAGGGUGCAUGCUUCUGCAUCAUACUCAGUGCCUUAGGCAAAGUCAUUUACAGCAUGAUGUGUUGCUGUCAGUUCAAUUACUCAGUGUCAGGAAUAAGAUCUUAAAUGCUUCCAGAAAAGGAUUGACUAAAACUGAAUUCAAAAUAAAAAGAUACUGACUGAAAUAUACAAAAGACUAUAUUUAUGUGCUUUAUGUUCAUAUUACAGUAUAUUAAUAAAUUCAUAUGAUGGUAAAAUAUUUUGACAUUUCAUGCAUUUUUGAAGAAGUCUUAUAUAACUUAAAGUAAUGAAAUAACAUAAAUGAUGCUUAACAGAGGAAUAUUUGCCUCUGCCUUCCAGUGAAUGCAGUAUCAUAUUGUGCUUGUGUGUUCCACAUGUAAAAUGGCUUGACUUUAGCACUUUGGAUUAUCAAAUGAAGCACCAUAUGGUUCUUAUGAAAGCCGAAUGCAGAAAUUGAUGCAUAUCAUGUUAUUCAGCCAGAAAAAUAGUAUUUGAAUUGCUCAUUUCACCUUCUGUAUGAUUUUUUUUUAAUAAAACAAUAGCUAGAUUAAUUGUACAUACUGUAUGCUGCUCUAAGAAACAAUGUAAUAUUUUAUACGUUGUUUGAUAUCACAGUGAAAUAAAUUUGUGUACUCUCCAA